CCGCCCCGCCUCGGGGGCGGCACCGCCGGGAGGGGCAGCCCUGGUCGAAGCAGCGCUCGGAAAAGCGGCUGGACAGCUCUGCAUUCUGCGAAUGGCGCGAUUUGUCCGGGAGCGGGAAGAAGCAUGGCCAAGAUGAACUGCAUCCUGCUGGCUGCCUGCAUUGUUCUGAUUGCUUUUUGCGGUUCUGGUUAUACCUUAAGAUGUUACCACUGUGACAACAGCCCYAUGGUGUGCAGGACCAACAGCACCUGCUUAACGAGUGAAGACACUUGCUUGCAGAUAAGAACUGGUACAUUGAGAACUUUCUCCUGCUGGAAGACAUCCCAGUGCACUGUGCGUCAAAUUGCUGACUUCUUCCAGCUGGAUAAUUUUGAAUUCUUUUGCUGCCAACACGACCUGUGCAAUAAGGGUGCAAUUACUGGGGUUAACAAAGCAGCCUUCAGUAUUGUCUCUGUAAUGGCCAUGUUAUGGAUGCUCCUGUGAUAAUCCUGAUCUGUGUGCUGUCCUUUCAAGCUGAAAUUACAUAAAACCAUUAACUCCUCUCUAUGUUGCACAUUUUCAGUUCUGUCCAUGGGCAGAAACAUUCCCUUGUGAUUUGRAGUAGUUUCCCAGGGUUCUGUAAGUUGAAUUGCUGUCUCUGUUCAUGGGAUGGAGAUGUGUGUUGUUAGCAGUUAUUGUGUGUUUUGAUCUGUCCCCAUUUUCAUGGGGAAGUUAGGUUCUUGGAAGUCAUGUUAUCUUCUGGAGAACCUUGGCAAACUCCAGUGGGUAAUGUGAAGGAGAAGGAACACUGCAGCUUUUCUGCUGGAAACUAUAAUUUUUGUACCAUCCCAUAAACUCCCAUUAUUUUGGUUGGCAUUUCUGUGGGUUUUGAUGUGUUUUUCUUUGGAUGCUCCUYGUCACAGACCAAGCAGUGGAUUUGCCCUCAACACAAGAAGUGUUGGAUCAUAAGYGUACCUUGCUGCAGUCUUUGUGAUGAAUAUGGAAAUAUGCAGUUUCAAAUCAUGUAAACACUUUGUUCCCAUCACUACCUUUUUUUUUUUUUUUUAUAUAAGCCAAUGAUAUAACCUUGUCAAGUGCUGUUAUUUUUGGAGAAAGCACCUACAUUUCUUAAACCAAAACCAAAAUACUGUUAUAAGUGAGAAACACUUCCUUCUUUUUCUUCAGUAUAUAUAUUUCUGUKAGCAUGUGGACAACAGUUGAUAGCUUCUCUCUUAAUUUUCCUGAUACAUUAUCCAUGCCUAGGAUUUUAAGUCAGCAUGUGCUUUGCACUGAGUAUUUAUUGGUAUACUGAAAAUUGAUUAUAAAAURCUAAGGAGUUGAAAUGGCACAUGUAGUUUACUUCCCCACCUAAUUAGCUUUUGGGUUUUGCUGCAAACGGUGACGUGUAAACUUAACCCUUCAAGCUUCCACCUAAGAGUAUUAAAAUCUUGCAGAACUUUAUUUCCAUAAAUGCCAAGGCACAAUAUAAGUGUGUAUUUAUAUAGCAUGAAUAAAACCUGCUCAGUUUGUAGGUAUCAGAGGUCUGAAGCUGAAAUACUGAGAUAUUUACAUUGCUCAGCUCCAUGGUGGAGACAGACCUUGGGCCAUCUCYGGUACCUGGGGACCCUCUCAGUCAGGUGUGAUGCCAAAUCCUCCUUUUUCUCCCCUGGAGCUGCUGGCAUAUCCAUGCUGGAGUUGUGUCCAUUGCCAAUGGGAUAUCCUCUUCCCCAGGACCCUCACUUGUGCUUGUGACACCAGUGACACCAGUGGCACCAGUUCACCAGUCACAACAAGGGUGUUGUUCCAAAUCCGCGAUGUAUUCUGCAAGUGUACCUUUCGGUUAAGCUUAUUGUAGCUAUGAAAAUGUCCUGGGAUCUCUCUUAACACUCAAAAUAUGGAAGUUGUCCUGUCUUUGAUUAAUAAAAGUGUCAAAAAAGAAAACGUGGAGUGUGUGG